GCCCGUUUCAAAAAAAAAAAACUCAAUCUGCCAGAAAACAUGACUUUUCUCAGGUUGCAGCAAGUUGCGAUCAAACGAGCUGAUAAGCAUGCACCCCGGUUAGGGCAGACAUCUUCUUCCCAACUUAUUGGAAAAAGGCAUUCCAAGUCAAUGCAACAUACGAAGGGUCAGAAGGCAAGAGCAAUGAGAAAAAUGAAGGCAAGCAUGAAAAGGUUGCGUGUUGAGAUGAAAGAAAUUGGGGAAGAACAGAAAAGCAUAAGAGAAGGACAAAGACAGGUUAGAGAAAAAUUUGAAGCCAUCGAAAUUGAGUGCGAAAAGUUGCGCCAAGAGACUAAACUCAUCACAGAGCAAAGUGCCACCACGCGUUUCCGCCUUGCUCUCAUGUUUCAAAUCCUAAAAGCACGACAAAACAACGAUUUUCCCAGAGCCAUUGCUCUCACUCAAACUCUUCGGUUGGUCUACCUCCUCUCUUUUUUUAAAAAUAAAUAAAUAAAUAAAUCCAUGUUAAAGACACAGAAAAUUGGUUAUCUAAACUAGCUGAACUAAGAUACCAAAAGAGGAGAGAUCAAUUAGCUGAUUAGCCCAAAAAUUAUUCAAAAGUUAGAACAGGGGAUAUUGCAUAACCAGGAGCGAAACAGGGGAUGGGGAAAAUGAACUCAAUGCCAAAAAAUAACAGUUGGGCAUAAGUUAUGCUCCUAAAAUGCACUAAGUGCUAAUUAGAGAAAUAGCAUUUCACCAUUUAUAAUCAGAUUACUGAGGAAAUUUUGUUAUUUCUCUUGCUUUUCUUUCUAUUGCAGUGACAAUAUUGCGAAGCAGAGCCAGAACAAAUGAGAU